CGCCCUUCCACCUCUCCACUCCCUCCCUCGCCGCGAAUCCGCGCCUCCUCUCCCUACCUGAGCCGGGAGCGCGGCGCGCCUUCUCCCCGCCCUCCCGCCACUCCUGGCCGCCGCCGCACCAGCUCUGCCGCCGCCCUGGGAGUAAAGGUCGCCCCGGCCGGAGCGAGCGGGCGUCGGCGCCAGCAGGUCGGUCCACCCGGGAAAGGAGCGCGGAGGAACUGGGACCCGGCCGGGAAGAUUGCACCAGCGGUGCCCCGAGAACGCGCCGGGGAGCGAGGAGCCCGGCCUCAGAGCGCAGCCCCGGACCCAGCGUCCCGCGAGGCGCCCGGGGCUCCGGCUCGGCCCGCGGGGACAUGUCGUACAGCGAGCUCUACACCCGGUACACGAGGGUCUGGAUCCCUGACCCAGAUGAAGUGUGGCGCUCGGCUGAACUAACCCAGGACUACAAAGAGGGGGACAAGAGCCUGCAGCUGAGACUGGAAGAUGACACAAUUCGGGAAUACCCAAUCGAUGUCCAAAAUAACCAGUUGCCGUUCUUACGGAAUCCAGACAUCUUAGUCGGAGAAAAUGACCUCACUGCACUCAGCCAUCUCCAUGAGCCUGCAGUUCUGCAUAACUUAAAGGUCCGUUUCCUGGAGUCCAACCACAUCUAUACUUACUGUGGUAUUGUGCUGGUCGCCAUCAAUCCAUACGAGCAGCUGCCCAUCUAUGGACAAGAUGUCAUUUAUGCCUACAGUGGCCAAAAUAUGGGUGACAUGGACCCCCACAUCUUUGCUGUGGCAGAAGAAGCCUAUAAGCAGAUGGCCAGGGAUGAAAAGAACCAAUCCAUCAUAGUCAGCGGAGAGUCUGGAGCAGGGAAGACGGUGUCGGCCAAGUAUGCCAUGCGCUAUUUUGCCACGGUUGGUGGCUCAGCCAGUGACACCAACAUUGAGGAGAAGGUCCUGGCAUCCAGUCCCAUCAUGGAGGCCAUUGGGAAUGCCAAGACCACUCGCAAUGACAAUAGCAGCCGCUUUGGGAAGUUCAUUGAGAUUGGCUUUGAUAAAAAGUACCACAUCAUCGGGGCCAACAUGAGGACCUACUUGCUGGAGAAGUCCAGGGUGGUCUUUCAGGCGGAUGAUGAGAGGAAUUACCACAUCUUUUACCAGCUCUGCGCGGCUGCCAGCCUUCCUGAGUUUAAAGAGCUCGCUCUAACAUGUGCAGAGGACUUCUUCUACACUUCCCAUGGAGGAAACACAGCCAUCGAGGGUGUCGAUGAUGCAGAGGACUUUGAGAAGACCCGACAAGCCCUCACACUCCUUGGAGUGCGGGAGUCCCAUCAAAUAAGCAUCUUUAAGAUAAUUGCUUCCAUCUUGCACCUUGGGAGUGUAGAGAUUCAGUCUGAGCGUGAUGGAGAUUCCUGCAGCAUACCACCCCAGGACGAACACUUGAGCAACUUCUGCCGCCUGCUGGGAGUGGAGCACAGUCAGAUGGAGCACUGGCUUUGCCACCGCAAGCUGGUCACCACCUCGGAGACCUACGUCAAGACCAUGUCCCUGCAGCAGGUGGUCAACGCCCGCGAUGCCCUGGCCAAGCACAUCUACGCCCAGCUGUUCUCCUGGAUUGUGGAGCACAUCAACAAGGCCCUGCACUCCUCCCUGAAGCAGCACACCUUCAUCGGGGUCCUGGACAUCUACGGGUUUGAGACCUUCGAGAUUAACAGCUUCGAGCAGUUUUGUAUCAACUACGCCAAUGAAAAGCUCCAGCAACAGUUCAAUUCGCAUGUGUUCAAGCUGGAGCAAGAAGAAUACAUGAAGGAGCAGAUCCCGUGGACCUUGAUUGACUUUUAUGAUAACCAGCCUUGCAUAGACCUCAUAGAAGCAAAGCUGGGCAUCCUGGACCUGUUGGAUGAAGAGUGUAAGGUCCCCAAAGGAACUGAUCAGAACUGGGCCCAGAAGCUCUACGAACGCCACUCCAACAGCCAGCACUUCCAGAAACCACGCAUGUCCAACACAGCCUUCAUUGUCGUCCACUUUGCAGACAAGGUGGAGUACCUUUCAGACGGUUUUCUGGAGAAAAACAGGGAUACGGUAUAUGAAGAACAGAUCAACAUCCUGAAGGCCAGCAAGUUCUCACUAGUGGCUGACUUGUUCCACGACGACAAGGACUCUGUUCCUGCCACCAACACAGCGAAGAGUCGAUCGUCUUCGAAGAUCAACAUUCGCUCUUCCAGACCGCCCUUGAAGGUCUCCAACAAGGAGCACAAGAAAUCCGUGGGCUACCAGUUCCGCACUUCCCUGAACCUGCUCAUGGAGACCCUGAACGCCACAACGCCACACUACGUCCGAUGCAUCAAGCCCAAUGAUGAAAAGCUCCCCUUCCACUUCGACCCAAAGAGAGCCGUGCAGCAGCUCAGAGCCUGUGGAGUAUUGGAGACCAUUCGGAUCAGCGCAGCCGGCUACCCAUCCAGGUGGACCUACCAUGACUUCUUCAACCGGUAUCGAGUGUUGAUGAAGAAGAGAGAGCUUGCCAACACCGACAAGAAGAGUAUCUGCAAGUCCGUCCUGGAGAGUCUCAUCAAGGACCCAGACAAGUUCCAAUUUGGCCGCACCAAGAUCUUCUUCCGGGCAGGCCAGGUGGCCUACCUGGAGAAGCUUCGUGCCGACAAGUUCCGGGAAGCCACUAUCAUGAUCCAGAAGACUGUCAGGGGCUGGCUGCAGAAAGUAAAGUACCGUAGGCUGAAGGCAGCCACCUUAACCCUGCAGAGGUUCUACAGAGGACACCUGGCCCGCAGGCUGGCCGAGCACCUGCGGAGAACCCGAGCAGCCAUAGUGUUCCAGAAGCAGUACCGGAUGCAGAGGGCCCGCCUGGCCUACCGGAGAGUCUGCUGGGCUGCGGUCAUCAUCCAGUCCUUCACCCGGGCCAUGUUUGUGCGGAGAAACUACCGCCAGGUCCUCAAGGAGCACAAAGCCACCAUCAUCCAGAAGUAUGCCCGGGGCUGGAUGGCACGUAGACACUUCCAGCAGCAGCGGGAUGCCGCCAUUGUCAUCCAGUGUGCCUUCCGGAGGCUCAAGGCCAAGCAGGAGCUGAAGGCUCUCAAGAUUGAGGCCCGCUCUGCAGAGCACUUGAAACGCCUCAAUGUGGGCAUGGAGAACAAAGUGGUCCAGCUGCAGCGGAAGAUCGAUGACCAGGUUGGUGGCAGGAGAUUCCUACCUAGGUGCCGAGGCUUGUCAAGGGAUAUGGGGACAUGCUGGAGAGGGACCCCAAGCUUUCUCAGGGAGCUGCAGGUACCAGAGACCUCAGGGAACAUUGCCCAGUCAGUAAGAAUAGUUAUUACUGUAGUACUCAGAACAGUGCUCCACCCCAACAAAGAUGCCAGGCCGGCGGACGGCUGGGAGCGAAUGUUCUGUCGACAUCUAUCAAACAUCGAGUACUGGACAGAGACCCUACGUUCGUUAAUCGCCACUGUGAAUUUCCAGCGGCUCCGUAUCGACAGUAUCCGUUUCAAAGCAGCAGAAAACAGGGACCAUAGCCAUAUCUUACCUCUAUCGAAAGUUCCUCGCAGAUCUCAACGUGUGGGCUAUCAUUCACCCUCUGACGAAGAUGAUGAUCUGACAGGCAUAGAGAGUGAUGGUAACAUGUGCAUAGCCUUCCUGAGAGUGGGCAUGACCACGCACGAGCGGCCUGUCGUCUGUCUACGCUUCAGCAGCACCUUCUCCGCCCAACGACUGCUCACACCGGCUACGAAGAAGCUCUGGCUGAACGCCAGACCUUCUAGCUCUAGUACUGAGCUCCUCUCGGAUCCUUCUCCAGGCACAAUCGAUGACCGCAGGGAGUCUAUACCUCGGGUGCAGUUGACCAACACCUCUCGGUGGGAACAGGUGCAGCUUCUGCAGACCCUGGGCGAUAAGCUGCGGCUGGCCUUGGUUUUGGGAAGCGAGAAGACAUGUGGGCCCCAACAACACCUGAGGGAUUUCGAUGGUGAAAGUUUGAGCUACGGGUUCUGGAUCCUCCUCUUCUUCUAUCACACAAACGUAGGGGUUUUUUGUCUUGUUUUGUUUUCUUUCAUUUUUUUUCUGGGCUUCGUUUUACCUGUUGAUCUCUUUCAGCGAGUUGCAGACCUGGAACAUGAAAAUGCUCUCUUGAAGGACGAGAAGGAGCACCUUAAUAACCAAAUCCUGCGCCAAUCAAAAGCUGAAUCUUCCCAGAGCUCUGUAGAGGAGAACCUCCUGAUGAAGAAGGAGCUGGAGGAGGAGAGGUCCAGGUACCAGAACCUCGUGAAGGAAUACUCCCGGCUGGAGCAGAGAUAUGAGAACCUGCGAGAUGAGCAAACCCCGGGCCACAGGAAGAACCCGUCAAAUCAAAGUAGCUUGGAAUCUGAUUCCAAUUACCCCUCCAUUUCCACUUCUGAGAUUGGAGACACUGAGGAUGCCCUUCAGCAGGUGGAGGAGAUCGGUGCAGAGAAGGCGGCGAUGGACAUGACCGUCUUCCUGAAGCUGCAGAAGAGAGUGCGGGAACUUGAGCAGGAGAGGAAGAAGCUGCAGGUGCAGCUAGAAAAGGAACAGCAGGACAGCAAGAAAGUGCAGAUGGAACAACAAAACAAUGGCAUCGAUGUGGACCAGGAUGCCGACCUGGCCUACAACAGUCUGAAGAGACAAGAGCUUGAGUCGGAGAACAAGAAGCUGAAGAACGAUCUGAAUGAGCUGAGGAAAGCUGUCGCCGACCAAGCCAUGCAGGACAACUCCACCCCCAGCUCCCCAGACAGCUACAGCCUUCUGCUGAACCAGCUCAAGCUGGCCAAUGAGGAGCUUGAGGUCCGCAAAGAGGAGGUGCUGAUCCUCAGGACCCAGAUCAUGAAUGCUGACCAGCGCCGACUGGCUGGCAAGCACAUGGAGCCGAACAUCAACGCCAGAACAAGUUGGCCCAACAGUGAGAAACAUGUGGACCAGGAAGAUGCCAUUGAGGCCUAUCACGGGGUCUGCCAGACAAACAGCCAGACUGAGGACUGGGGAUAUUUGAAUGAAGAUGGAGAACUCGGCUUGGCUUACCAAGGCCUAAAGCAAGUUGCCAGGUUACUGGAGGCACAGCUGCAGGCCCAGAGCCUGGAGCAUGAGGAGGAGGUGGAGCGUCUCAAGGCGCAGGUGGAGGCCCUGAAAGAGGAGAUGGACAAGCAGCAGCAGACCUUCUGCCAGACCCUGCUGCUCUCCCCAGAGGCCCAGGUGGAGUUUGGGGUCCAGCAGGAGAUAACUCGACUGACCAAUGAGAACCUGGAUUUUAAAGAGUUGGUAGAAAAGCUGGAGAAGAAUGAGAGGAAGCUGAAAAAGCAGCUGAAGAUUUACAUGAAGAAGGUCCAGGACUUAGAAGCUGCCCAGGCAUUGGCCCAGAGUGACAGGAGGCACCAUGAACUCACAAGACAGGUCACAGUCCAGCGCAAAGAGAAAGACUUCCAAGGCAUGCUGGAGUACCACAAAGAGGACGAGGCUCUCCUCAUCCGGAACCUGGUGACAGACCUGAAGCCCCAGAUGCUGUCGGGUACCGUGCCCUGCCUGCCUGCAUACAUCCUCUACAUGUGCAUCAGGCAUGCAGAUUACACCAACGACGACCUCAAGGUACACUCGCUGCUGAGUUCCACCAUCAACGGCAUUAAGAAAGUCCUCAAGAAGCACAAUGACGACUUUGAGAUGACAUCAUUCUGGUUGUCCAACACCUGCCGCUUCCUCCACUGUCUGAAGCAGUACAGUGGGGAUGAGGGCUUCAUGACGCAGAACACUCCAAAGCAGAAUGAGCACUGUCUCAAGAACUUUGACCUCACUGAAUAUCGGCAGGUGCUAAGCGACCUUUCCAUUCAGAUCUAUCAGCAGCUCAUUAAAAUCGCAGAGGGCCUGUUACAACCUAUGAUCGUUUCGGCCAUGUUGGAAAAUGAGAGUAUCCAGGGGCUGUCUGGCGUGCGGCCGACGGGUUACCGGAAGCGCACCUCCAGCAUGGUGGAUGGAGAGAACUCCUACUGCCUGGAGGCUAUCAUCCGCCAGAUGAAUUCGUUUCAUACAGUCAUGUGUGACCAGGGCCUGGACCCUGAGAUCAUCCUUCAGGUGUUCAAACAGCUCUUCUACAUGAUCAACGCCGUGACCCUUAACAACCUGCUCCUGCGGAAAGAUGCCUGCUCCUGGAGCACAGGCAUGCAGCUCAGGUACAACAUAAGCCAACUUGAAGAGUGGCUUCGAGGAAAAAACCUUCACCAGAGUGGAGCAGUUCAGACCAUGGAACCUUUGAUCCAGGCAGCUCAGCUCCUCCAGCUGAAGAAGAAAACCCAUGAGGAUGCAGAGGCCAUCUGCUCUCUGUGCACCUCCCUCAGCACCCAGCAGAUCGUCAAGAUUUUAAACCUUUAUACCCCCUUGAAUGAAUUUGAGGAACGAGUGACAGUGUCCUUUAUACGAACAAUCCAGGCUCAGCUACAGGAGAGGAAUGACCCCCAGCAGCUACUGCUGGACUCCAAACACAUGUUUCCUGUUCUGUUUCCUUUUAAUCCAUCUUCUCUGACCAUGGACUCAAUCCACAUCCCGGCAUGCCUCAAUCUGGAGUUUCUCAAUGAAGUCUGAGGAUGCGUGAUUCCAAGGCAAACCAGGAAGCACGUACAGUCAGCUGAGAGAAUUCUGGGUCUGUUAACUAUGCCCGAAGUAGAUCAAACCAGAGUUAGAGAACCCGUGGAGACUACUGAACUAAACAAAGUGACGCACAUUGUCAUUAGUUUUUGUAUAUACUGUUCAGAAUAAAAAUACUUGAAAUGUGGAAGGUUGUUAAAGGUUUGACUUCGGUUUAAACAAAGACACAUCAUAAUGAAUAGCCAGUGCGUAGCUCCAGUUACCAUAUAAAAAUGCCAGUUCUACAGGGUGGAAGUGCCUACUUUGGUCUUUGUAUAUAACUGCAGAAUGUCCAAAUUAAGAUAAUAUUAAAAAUAGUGACAUAAAUU